AUGCCUCGACCGUCGCGAGAUACUUAUGGGGACCAAAAGCCACCCUACUCGUACAUAUCGCUAACAGCAAUGGCAAUCUGGUCAUCUCGCGACAAAAUGUUACCCCUAGCGGAAAUUUACAAGUUUAUUGCCGAUAGAUUUCCGUACUACCGCAAAGACACAAGAAGAUGGCAAAAUUCUUUGAGACACAAUUUGUCCUUCAAUGAUUGUUUUAUCAAGGUGCCUCGGGGUCCACACCGACCGGGCAAAGGAGCCUACUGGGCACUGCACCCAGCAGCGCUCUCGAUGUUCGAAAACGGGUCUCUCCUCCGGCGAAGAAAGCGCUUCAAACUUCACAAACCCGAUAAAGAACUUCUAAAAACCGAGCUGCAAGCGCUGGCUUCAGCAAUGCCUCCACCAGCCCACGGAGCCGCGGAGCCGAUAUCCGGAGUUCCAGCAUCCUCCAGCUCCGGGAGCUUGAACGCCGCGAACCUACACCGCCUGCGAGAAGAUCUUCUCCGCUGGGAGCUUCAGGAAAGAAGAAUGAUGGCUUCAUCCUCCGCAACAGGUUAUGGGCUCGAAACACCCCAGCCCGAGCCAGCCUCUGCGAAUUCGCUCCCCGUAGCACCUCCCCCGGGAUAUUACUUGCUCUCCCCGGAAACUCGCCAACGAUUGUCCGAAGUCGGAGAAGUAAAUCGCUCAUACGACGCGACAACUCUCCUCCAAACUGGAAAUUGGGCUUUUUCGGGGUUCAACGGGCCUUAUAUGGGUCCCCUGCCGAGCUACCUUCAGUCAAGCAGCAGACAACCUCUUAUGAGUGACCCUCGGGAGGACCUGGGCUUUAGAGACCGCAGUUUUUCCGGAGGAAUCUACAGAGACAGAGUCUACGAGGAGGAAAACUGCAAAAGCUAUUCCCACACUCAUUCCCCGAAAAUUUACUCUUCUCCAAGGCUGUCGCCCAGCUAUGCCGACGGAACCGACGUGGUCCUCGGGAUUGACCAGCGGACACCUCAGACGUCACCUAGUCUCGAAGCGACUGUGAUUCCGGUAUCGAAUUCUAGCAAAUCGAUGAGUCAAAGUCGUCUUAAAAAAACCAAAAAACCUUUUACGAUUGAGAAUAUCAUUGCGCCCGAUGAGGACGACAAGGUUUCUAUUAAGGACAAUUGUAGCAGUAGCAGUAGUGUUAGUAAUCAUAGUAAUAGUAGCAAUAGUGACUCUUCUGUUAGGAUAAGCAAUACCAAAAACGGGCUGCUUAUUCCGAGGCCGCUUUAUGCUGGUUAUCCUAUCAAUGUUGCUGAGCAUCCUGGUAGGGCGCCUUUUGGAGCUGCCACUUGAAGAAAAUAAUUGGAUUAAUUGUGUGGAUUUUUUUCUGGAUAGUUAG